AUGAAGAGCAUAGGUCAAUAUCCAACGCAGCCAACCUACCCUGUGCAGCCUCCUGGCAAUCCUGACCCUCAGACUUUGCAUCUCCCUCAGGCCCCCUACACUGAUGCUCCACCUGCCUGCUCAGAGCUCUGUCAUCGGAGCUUUGUGCACCUACCUAGGGGCUGCCACAUCCUUACCAUGUCAGCUGCAUUACCUGGCGCCUCCCUGUAUCUGCCCAUGGCCCAGUCUGUGGCUGUGGGACGCUUAGGUUCCACAGUCCCCAUGGCUUAUUAUCCAGUUGGCCCCAUCUAUCCACCUGGUUCCACAAUGCUGGUGGAAGGAGGGUAUGAUGCAGGUGCUAGAUUUGGAGCUGGGGCGACUGUUGGCAACAUUCUUCCACCACCCCCUGGAUGCCCUCCCAAUGCUGCUCAGCUUGCAGUCAUGCAGGGGGCCAAUGUCCUCGUAACUCAGCGGAAGGGAAACUACUUCAUGCUUUAG